AUGAGUCAGGCAAGAGCUCUUGCGAGGUUUGCUAAGCGAUUGAUGAAACCCUGCGACGUGUUCAUUAACCACAGAGGCAUCGACACGAAGCGAACGAUAGCGACGCUGCUUUACGACCAGCUUUCAUGGCUGAAUCUUUGUCCUUUCUUGGACAACAAAACGAUGAAGCCUGGGGACAAGUUGUUUGAUAAGAUUGACAGCGCGAUUUUGGGCUGCAAAGUUGGUGUGACGGUGUUUUCGCCUAGGUAUUGCGAGUCGUAUUUUUGUCUUCAUGAGCUUGCUCUUAUUAUGGAGACCAAGAAGAAGGUGAUUCCGAUCUUCUGCGACAUUAAGCCGUCGCAGCUUCGAGUGCUGGAGAAUGGAAAAUGCGAGUGCUCGGAGGAGGAACUCAGGAGGUUUAAGUGGGCUCUUGAAGAGGCUAAGAACACCGUUGGGUUGACGUAUGACUCCUUCAAAGGAAACUUAUCUGAUGUUGUUAGAAGAGCUUCAAACAUCGUAAUCCACAGCCUGAUAGAGAUUAAUGAGAAGGAAAAGCAAAUGCAGCGUCAGAAAUCUCCAGUUCACGUAUAA